CGAGGCUCUCCCACUUUGUGGACGAAAGGUUCUGACAUGCUCGUUGUAUGCCAGGUGACUUUAUUUUCCUACGGUACAGCAACCUUAAUACUUUAUUCAAUACGAAGGCUUUAGAAUGGCGAAUAAUAAUGUCUUCUGCAAGUCACGACAUGCAGUGUACGUAUGAUGUCCUCGAGGCACAUGCUUACCUCUUCACCAACCAACAUGGACAAGCAUAUCUUACGGGCGAAUCCUAGACCGGAAGAUACAGAAUGGCAUUUUGACAACAUCCCACUGCGAUUCCUCAGCAGACCAUCUGUUCCUGCUCCAGGCGGGCGCGAAAGACGAUUUGCCAAAUUGAUAAUUUUUACUCCAGAAAGCAUUACUCUACAAAUCUCACAGCUAUCGAGCAAUCGUGUUGUUCUGCAUGAAGAUUCAUCCAAACUCAUCAUUGCUUCGUUUGAAAAGUUCAGGUUCCCAGAUCAGCGGCCGUCUGUAGCCUCAGACUAUAUCAUACGGAUGUUCAAAACUGGGCUGUUUUUGAAUGGGAGGCAAUAUCGCUUUUUUGGGCACGGAAAUAGUCAACUUCGCGGAAGAGGAUGUUAUCUACGUGAAGCGAACAAUGACGAAGAGCUAGAUAAUAUCAUUUAUAGCUUUGGUGAACUUAAAGGGAUCAUGAAUGUAGCGAAACGGGCAAAGCGGAUCGGUCUUCUCUUCUCCGGCGCGGAGGUCGAUUUUAUCUUGGACCCAAAAUACGUCGGCGACAUCGAUGAUUUGACAACUGGAGACGAGAACUUUUCCGAUGGUUGUGGGCUUAUCUCAAAGCGUCUUUGCGUUCAAAUUGCAAGAAUGAAACGCAUAUUGUUCCAAGAACGUAGAUACACGCCAUGCGUAUAUCAGAUUCGUUAUAAGGGGUACAAGGGUGUAGUCAUGCUUCACCCAGAUAUGGAUAAGGAAAAGGAACAUUACAUCGAGUUUCGCAAAAGCAUGAAAAAAUUCAAAUCGACGAUUGAUAACACCUUUGCCGUCGUAGGCUACUCUACCCCGUACUCCUUUGGUCGACUCAAUAACGAGAUUGUCGUCCUGCUCUCGAGUCUUGGUGUAACCAACGAGGUGCUCCUUGCAAAACAACAAGCCUACUUCACCUGGAUUGAACAAGCCACUUCUGACCUCGUCCAGGGCUUUGAAUUUCUUAGCUGCUCAAUCUGAUUAGGAAAGCGCAAAAUAGCGAAAUAGCAUCGUUUAACAAGAACGAUGAUGCAAAAAAGGAGAGGGUAAGAAUGCUGGUCCACAAGUCGAGGAGACUUUAUGGAGUGUGUGAUCCUCACCGGGUGCUGCGGGAAGGCCAAGUUCAUGUCAGAGUGUCAACAUCCA